AUGCCCUCCGUUUCCCCUCCUGAGCCCAUGGUUGUAGACUCUGGCCAGGAGCCAGAUGAGGCUGGUCUAAUCCCCCUUGUCGUCGCAGCCCAAGCCAAAGAACUUGCUAUGCGCAAAGAGGCUCAUGCCUUUGACCUCGAGGUUCCUUCCCAAACUCGCCCUGCUCCUGCAGUACAAUCCUCCCCUCCUUCAGGCCCUUCCACGGUUGCCCAAGUCAUCGCAGCUGCGUCAGCCGCACCAGUACCUCACCCCGCACCUACGGCAGCGUCAUCCACCUCUCCGACCCCAGACGAGGGUCCUGACAUAGCCGACAUCAUCUCUGCCACUGAGCAGAUGGACAUCAAUAACGCAGCAUGCUUCCAGGCCGAAUUCUUCGGUAAAGCUCUUGUGCUCCUGCGUGGGGACCUGUACCGCAUACUGGCACUGCUGCGGCUCCCGUGCCCACCAGGCUUGCUUCUCCAGCGCCUAGCGCUUAGACUAUGGGGAGGCUUUCACUCUCUCCCCAAAGAACCUCAAAAAGAUCCCCCCCGUUGA